UCUCAACUCUGUUCGCCGUGACGCGCCCGUCGUGCGUUUCGACACUAUGUGAAUCCUCCCGCCUAGCUCAUUAAGCCCCCGUGCUCGAUUCUCCCCCCGGCUCCUUCACAAUCUGCCUCGUUACCAGAAGUCUCCCUUUCCGGCUCCCUUCAUAAAUCUGCCUCGCCUCUUCAAGGCCCCCGAUCAGGCCCCCAAUCCUCGGUGCGCGGCUCCCUCUACACUUCGAGGACGGCCCGUUUCGGCCCCCUCAUGCGCCCUCAUUUCUCCAUGACAGACUUGGCUGCACGGAGUGCAGGAUCAGCGAGCCCCGCCCGUCAUCCACGCUUCGACCAGGGCCCUGAGAAUACGGAUGUCGACCUCAGCAAGUUCCCUUGGGCCACCUUGCGAACGUGAUCCUCCCUAUGGCGUUCGUUCCAGUCUUGCCAAAACCCCAGCGAGAUCGUCAUCACCGACAGUGGCAAGAUCGGACAUCCUCUAUGGCGGCGUGGUUUACUCUCAGCUCUCCAUACUGCACCAUCGGGGCCGGGAUUCCGCGUCCCGAAUUUGUGGAGCUAAAGCAUGGAAGGUGGCAGAGCGCAGCGGAUCCUUUGGCACAGCAAGCUGAGUGCCGCACCUGGUGCAUCCAAUCACGAGAAUGUGCAUUGCUGCCUGCGCUCUGCCUGGAAAAUGCAAUGUUGAGAGCGCCUGAGUCUUCCAUUUCGGCCCUCAGCGACCCCCAGGAAAAGAGUCGCCAUCCGGUGAAACGGACACGUCAGCAUGUUGCAAACAGAUUCUCGGCUACAGCAGUUCCCCCAAGAGGGUCUUGCGAACGGAGCUAUGAAGGAAAAGUGGUAUUCGGGAGACACAAUUUUUGCUCGAACAGACGCAGAUGUUGACUCGCCGUUGUACCUUGUCCCAAUGGCUGGCGUGCGUGUGCUUUGAGGUUGGUCAUCAAUUUCGAAGGAGGGUGCAGGUUUGUCCAGGAACCACUGGAAGCAGCUGUCUCGGUCCGCGGGCAUAUUCUCGACAUUUUUGAACCUGAAAGAACGUGAAAGAACGGGCCACCGCCCUAUAUCGUCGCCUCGUUCUCAAAGACCACCGCCGCCGGUUUCAAUGCUGCACUCGGGAUAGCGGCAGCCCCUGUCUCUCACGAUAUUUCGGUGGCAUGACCCACUCUACUUCGUUGAGGUGAUGAUCUUCCCUCUCCCUGCCUCACCGGGCUUGGAAACACCGACAGAAACUUUGGCGGCCAAUGGGUGAAACUCGGCAGUUGUGAAAGUCUUGGAACUGCGUCCUGUGAGACGAGAAAGUAUAGAGCGCAUUAGGCAGUGCUGACUGUCUAUAAGAAUGGGACUGGUUCCCUCACUAGUUCCUACGGUCAGAUCCGUUCUCAUGCUUCACUUCGCGGAACUGUGCACUUUAGUCGUGGUGGCUUUCAUCGCGUAUCAACCAAAUAAACUGUCUUUUAGAAGUGACGUCUUCGGCAAAUCUUCCCAGUCGGGCUCUACAGUCCUUGUCGUCAACUCUGCCGUGCUGCAAGACAUAACGGAAAGACCGCACAUGACCAGAGAUUUUCAAAGGAUAAGACUUUGCCCUGGUCGAUUGGCCAGACAGAUCCGACACCUUGUACAUAAUGUGCCAUGUACAGUGGCUCAUAUACUUGUCUGGUAGAGCGACAAGGGUGGCCAGAAGCUGGUCUGGCUGUGCCGUUUUCAUUACUACCCCAGACCUCCACGAGAGCCAUUGGUUCUCACCACGAGUUUGGACUGAGUGGACGAGUCUGAGUAAGUACCUAUACAGAUGUGUUCGUCAAGAAAGCGGCAACCCGUGAAAUUGGUGUGGUGGGAUCCGCAGAGCCCUGAAUGGUAUAUAUUUAUGAGGUUUUUCGCUUUGAUCACAG